GUUGUCCCUCCCGGCAAGCCUCCACAUCCCUCCACGCACACUUUCGAAAAUUCAAAACCAGUCGCCCGCCCGCUCCUCCUCGUCUCGCCUCGUUCGCUCUCCAAAGGCCGCAGAAGUCUAGGCGCAGGGACAUCAGCACUCUUGAGAGGUUCUCUAGCGAUGGGGGAUUGGGGACCGGUGAUCAUAGCGGUGGUGCUGUUCGUGCUGCUCAGCCCGGGGCUGCUGUUCCAGAUCCCGGGCCGCCACCGGGUGGUCGAGUUCGGCAACAUGCAGACCAGCGGCGCCUCCGUCAUCGUCCACGCCGUCAUCUUCUUCGGCCUCGUCGCCAUCUUCCUCGUCGUCAUCGGCGUCCACAUCUACACCGGCUGAUCGGGUAGCUGCAGCGAUAGGCGCGUAGACGGGUACCCGGUUUUUGGUCUGCAGCCGACGUUUCCUCGUCUCAAUCUCUUCGUCGGUGUCUGUUAACAUUAGUACUUGCGGGUUCGUUUUGUCAUGGUUAGUGCUGUCGGUGUCUGCGGAUCGUAAGCAGGCCCCGAAGAAGACUAGGUUUAGAUACGUGUACGCUGAUGAUCUACUUUGUUAGUGCGACGAUACACUGCUCCGAAGGAGUCGAGAAAGCGUACACGCAUGUCGCGUUGAUUCCAUAACUGUUGUAGACCCGGUUGAUGUUA